AGGCGUAAUACGGCGCCUCGCGCUCGAGCGCAUGCUGUCCAGCUCCGAACCGUGGGAAUCCGUUAAUUUCGGCGUCGCCAGUGAAACGGGAUUCGCUCCGGUUCACUCUGCGGUCGCGGUCAUGGAGUGGAGUCCCAUGGAAAUAAACCCCGAGACACUGAACAAAGCGUUAACCAGACUGGGGCUGGAGGGGAGCUGGCGCUUCGCCGACGUGACAAGCCUGGACGACGAGGCGCCCGUACCCGCCUGCGCCGUCAUGCUGCUCUUUCCGCUCACGGGUCAGCAUGAGUCUUUCAGAGCAUCGCAGCUGAGGAGCGAUGAGGAUGACCACAAGGUUUACUUCCUCAAACAGACUGUGGGAAACUCGUGUGGAACGGUCGGCCUUCUGCACACUGUGGCCAACAAUAAAGACAAACUAGAAUUUGAGAGUGACUCCGUGCUGAAAAAGUUCUUAGAAGACACAGUAAACAUGUCUGCAGAGGAAAGAGCCAGAGAACUGGAAAGCAGUCAGGAAAUUCAUAAAGUUCAUGAUGGGGUGGCAGCUGAGGGACAGUGUCAGGUGGAAGAAGGGAAAAUGGGUUUUCACUUAAUUACUUUUGUCAAUGUGGGUGGACAGCUUUGGGAACUGGAUGGAAGAAUGAAUUUCCCUGUGAAUCAUGGUGCUACAAAUGAAGACAGUUUUGUAAUGGAUGCAUCAAAAAUCUGCCGUCAGUUUGUGAAACGCGAAAAAGAUGAGGUGCGCUUCUCAGCCGUGGCACUGUGCAGAGCCUAACGACAGGAGUGGCGGAAAAGGCCUCUGUGAACAACUGGCUGCCACACUUAUAAAACGGACUGGGACUUAAGUGUGUGUUUUAAAUGCUUACAGUCACAUCUUUUCACCUAUUGGUAUGGCGACCUUUUUAUUUGCUGAAAAGUACAUAAAAGAAGGAGUAUGCAGGCAUUUUGGUAUUUUAUAAGUUGUAAACCUGUGGAAAACUCAGUUCACCAGCUUGACUUUUCACUCUUGGAUUUAGAAUGGAUGUUUUAGCGAACAACUAUUUCAUUAACUAGACUACUAGAGGAACUAGGGAUCUACAGGCUUGUUUUCAAAUUGAACUUUAUACUUUGUCUAAUGGAUCUGCUGUAGAAAACCUUAAGUCAGGUUUCUUUAUGUAUUUUGGCAGAAGAUGUAAUCACUCAAUAAUACUGCUUUGUUCAGAGAAGACAGAAAAUACUUUUGUUUGAUUAUAAAGCUCCCAGCUUGGAAUGACAUACUGUUUAUAAAAAGUCCAUAAGUUUGUACAUCUGGUCAUGCAUGUUGACCUUUAACACAAGUGGGAUUCUUUGUUUACUAGUGAUGUGGUCUGUAGUCAUUUUGGCACGCAGCUGUGAAAUGCUAUUGUAUCAAAGUGUCAUGGUGUCACAUUGAGUAUUUAAGCGGUACUUAGAAGUACAUGUGAAUUAGCAGUUAUUAAAAAGCACGUGUUGAAA